ACGCGUGGAGAUUUGCCACCGUUGAUUCGUCAUAAUCGCCUCGAGAAAAAUUCUGAAUUUUUGAUUUGCAGUUUUGGAGGUUGUUUUACGUCUUAAUUAUGCGAAAAACACAAUAGAUAAGAAGAAUAGUUCAUUAAUUUCCCCCUCAAAAGCGCGCUAGCCACAAUAUGAUCCCCUUAACACACAAAGAUAAAAUAGGCAUUAGCUUCAGGAUUAAGGAGAAAAUAUACGGAUGGUUCCGACUAAUAUUCUCCGACAGAAAUUCACGGAACCUCUUGUUAUUCCUAUUGCUUAAUCUUAGUUUUGCUUUCGUCGAAUUACUUUAUGGGAUAUGGACAAACAGUCUGGGUCUCAUUUCCGAUUCCUUCCAUAUGUUCUUUGAUUGUACAGGUCUGUUAGCGGGUCUAGCUGCUUCCGUCAUCACAAAGUGGAAGGCAAACGAUAAAUUUUCGUACGGUUAUGUGCGAGCUGAGGUCAUUGCUGGCUUCGUCAAUAGUUUGUUUCUCUUGUUUAUUGCCUUCUUCAUUAUGUCCGAGUCAGUCGAGCGAUUGAUUGAGCCUCCGGAAGUGAAACACGAAAGACUGUUUGUAGUGUCUGUCCUUGGAUUAUUAGUUAAUUUAGUGGGAAUUUACGCGUUUCAACAUGGCCACGGGCAUUCACAUGGUGGCGGUGGCGGCGGUCAUGGUCAUUCACAUGGCGGCGGCGGUCACGGACACUCUCACGGCGGCAAUAAUCACAAUCAUUCACACAACCAUUCACACGAGCAUCCCGAAUUGGUGUUGCAAAAUAGCGAAGACUCUCAAAUUAUGCGCGGAGUAUUCUUGCACAUUCUCGCUGACACAUUAGGAAGUGUAGGAGUCAUCAUUUCUGCAGUUCUCAUGCAAACGUUCGGCUGGAUGAUUGCCGAUCCCAUUUGCUCCAUGUUCAUUGCAGUGCUGAUUGCAUUAAGUGUGUUGUCGCUCAUCAAGGAAUCUGUCAUGAUUUUGAUGCAACGUCAACCUGUGUCGUUAGAUCGUCUCUUGCCACAGUGCUAUCAGAAAAUCACGGGUCUUGCAGGUGUCUAUUCGGUGCAAGAACCGCACUUUUGGACCUUAUGUUCAAACGUGUAUGUUGGUGCAAUCAAGUUGGAGGUGUCGAAAAAUGUGGACCCUAAAUACGUCGUUACACACACAAAACUCAUUUUUGAGGCAAUUGGGGUACGACAAGUUUACAUACAGUUAGACUACGCCGCAAUGUGAUACUAAAGCAAAGUCUUUGCUUCCACUAAAGAAAGCCGUCAUUAAUAUUUUGCAUUCCACAACUGUCCUUGUUUUUAUAUGUUUGUUACUUACUUACCUAUCUGAAUGCAAUAAAACAAUAGUCAUUGGAAUUUUUUAGUAAGUUUAAUGCGAAACAUCAUGUAAACAACCACCUUGUAUGUAUGAAAAAAAAAACAAAUAUUUUGUAGUUAUUAAGUUAGAAAUUAAUCUAUAAAUUCUUGUAAAAAAGCCUUUAAAUGCCAAGAUUUUAUUAAAGUCUAUAUAUUCAUGUCUA